CGAGGAGGAAGAGGGAGAGGUCCACCGUACCCACCCAAUUCUGAUGGCCGCCUCUCUAUCCCGCAUCCUCGGCGGCCCCGGCGCCGCCGCCCGCUCCGCCCUCCGCCACCGCGCAGGCAUGGGCCUCCCCGCCGGCAAGCACAUCGUCCCCGAUCAGCCCCUCCCCGUCAACGACGAGCUCGUCUGGGACAACGGCACGCCCUACCCGGAGCCCUGCAUCGACCGCCUCGCACCACACAUCGGCAAGUAUGAGGCGUUGGCGUGGCUCUGCGGAGGGCUCGGCUUCUUCGCCACUCUCGGCCUGGCCGCUGCUGUCAACGACAAGGCGUCCAAGGUGCCCUAUACGCCAAAAGUCUACCCAUACGACAAUCUGAGGGUGGAACUUGGUGAUAGGCCAUAGCAGGACCAUUUCAUCUGAUGGAGUUGUGGUAAAUCAAGCUACGAUGUGUGCCAUUAUCAGAAUGACCUGCUGCUCUUAAAACUUAUAACCUACACUUUCAUGAGUGGUGUGUGUAACCCUAGACUGGUUGGUUGUUGUUUCCAUUACUUUACAGCUAGCUAACUUUAUGUGUUUGAAGCAAAGUGAUGAUGCUAGCACAGCAAGAGUACAGACGUUGUGACGCUGACUAUAGCAGAGCAUUGGUCUUGUCUUGGUGUGACUUGUGAGCGAGGUGAUCUGGCAUUGCCUGGAUGGUUGCUGCUGACAGCUUGGGAUUGUUGGGGUUUAUCAGCGAAUGCAAAUGUAACGAGGUGGUGCAUCCAUUGCAUGGCUUACGGUGCGUUUGGAUUGGGGAGUUCAUCUUAGGAAUCCCUUGUGUUUACCCUUGUAAGCAAUGUCCGGUGUAAACGUGAGGAAUAAAAUCACACCAAAAUUCAUAUA